ACCGCAGUGGCGGUGAUGGUGAUCGACUGGCUCAAAAAGAAAACGAGAGGCCUUCGCACCAAGUGCCACCGCAAGUUUAAUGGUUGUCAUCGCCCCCGAAAGAAUCGAAAAUUGACCCGAUUCCGUUAGUUUGUCGCGUCCGGUUCGGUUCCGUAUCGAUGCCCGCUAGCGGGAGUGUUUUUGCUCGGUGCUGAAAGUGAAUUUUCUGGUGUUGGAAUACGGAAAAAUGAUCGAAACUCAGGAAGCAACAACAUCCGCCACCACCACCACCGCUACCAACAACAUCAAUAGCAGCAGCAGCAACAUUGAUACAACAAAUAGAAGAGCGGGGGUUGGCGGCGGUGGAAGCACUAAUGGACGGAUUGAGACUCCCGGGCUUGUAGGGUCACACGCAGUGGGUGCCCUCUGUCGGAUUUGUAUGUGUGACUGCCGGCAGGAAGAUGGCAGGCUGUUGGAAUCUCUGUUUCGCACUACGGUGGAAUCGAAAUCGCUCUAUGCGAUGUUGGUAAGCGUUUGUUCUCCACUGGCUCAGGCGAACAACGAUGGGAUGCCGGAUAAAAUAUGCACGGGGUGCAAGGGCAAGUUGGUCCAGGCGUACAAGCUGUAUGAAACAUGCAUAAAAAGUGAUGAAAGAAUUCGAAAACUUCUACAAACCCAAUCGUUUGGUGGUGUGCAGGUUAAGCAGGAAGUGAUAGAGGAUGAAGAGGACGAUGUCGAAAUGGCCAAUGCAGAACUGUAUUACGAUGGGCAUGUCAAGAGAGAAGAUUCGUACGAUCAAGAUUACACGUUUGAUGGCCAGUUCUAUGGUGCGGCAUUGGCUCAAACAAUACACAGUACGCCGAAUUUGCGAAUCCAGUCGGUGCGCAAUGGACCGGAAGUGUUGGUCCAACUACAGGAACACAGCUUUCCUCUGGUAACUCCUCCGAAACCAGUUUUCCAGUGUGAAAAGUAUGUAAAGGUGACUCCAAAGGGGCAUCACUGCAUUUUGUGUGGCAAAGAUUUUAAGUAUUUCAGCUACUUCAAGCAGCACGCCCUCGCGCAGCACGAUCCAGAAAAGCCCUUCAAAUGCGAACAAUGCAACUAUACAUUCAAAACUGAGCAGCGGUUGUUCAUCCACAUGAGGACACACAUCGAGCCGGAAUUGCCGCUUGUCAUUGAACAAGCCGAACUCCCGGACCCGGAAACGGAAAACGAUCCGGAAUUCGAGCAAGAUCAGUCGGAAGACACAUUGGAUGAUGAGGAUAAAAAGGAUCUGAGCAUUUCCGUUAACGCGGACACCGGAGAAAAGAUCUACAAUUGUCUCAUUUGUCAGAAACAACUGACUACAUUGCCACUCUACAGGCGGCACCGUACGGUUCAUACCGUCCGCGGUCGUCCAUUCGAAUGCGACAUUUGUCACUACCGGUUCGCCAUGAAAUUCAGCUACAAUGCUCACAUGCAACGUCACGAGGAAGGGAAAGAUCCGGCUCAGCCAGCAACCUACAAGUGUAACGAGUGCGAUGAAAUCUUCCCCAAGCGGAAGCUCCUGAACAUCCACAUUGCUGCAGAACACGAACCAGAAGAGCCCCUAAGCAGAACCGCCCCGGCCGCACUGUUCACAAGCAGCCUCACCGAAGGACGCCACGGUCAUGCCUGUCCCAUAUGUUCGGAAACCUUCAACCGCGAAUCGGUUCUCAACAAUCACAUGAAGACCCACGAACUCGAAGCUGCCCAGCUGAAACAUUCGGAAAUUUGUUACGCCUGCACCGUCUGUGGAGUGGAAUGCGAAUCUCGCGAGAUUUUCAACGAUCACAUCAAAACUCACAGCGAUGUCCAAUUCCCUAAGGAUAGCAACACAUCUGCUACCGUCGAUCUCAGUGACGACGAGCAAACUCCACAGAAUGGAAGCGAAGAUCCCCUUAGCAUCACCCCAAAACCGGAAGGAAAGCCAAUCGUCAAAUGCGAGCUCUGCCACAAGACAUUCCCCUAUGCUUGCAACCUUAAGCAGCACAAAAUCAUCCACCAUUCGGAACUGAAACCUCACGAGUGCAAAGUGUGCCACUAUCGAUUCGAGUACGAGGGCACUCUGCUGCGGCAUAUGCAGAAACAUUCCAAAUCGGAACAAAAUGCAGCUUCAACACCGACCGCCAGCGCACCUGCCAUGACCACGGCAGAAGACUCUGCAAUCGUUGCCCCACCGGGGGCCACUUUGAUCUACAAGUGCAAACUUUGCUCCGCCCGCUUCCAGAAGCAAAAAUCGAUGACCUGGCAUUUGAAAACCCACCGGUCGAUCGUGGCCAACGAGGGCAGCACCGUCCAGGAGCUGGAACAAAGCUUGCAGUCACCGACACCGAAAGGGAUCCACACAGGAGGACCACAGGCGGCGUCUUCACCGAUUCCAUCGGCCGAUACACCAUCGCAGUCUCGCAACUCCUCCAGUACGUCCUCCACUACCAAUGCAUUUGUCGGCAAGGUGGAAUUCAAACCAUCGAUCGGGAAGGGUGGUGCGAUGUACAAGUGUGGCUACUGUCCGCAGAACCUCGACUCGGAGGAAGCAUACUACCACCAUUUGAAGGGACAUCGCGUACGGUCGAAUACCUCUGAUGGGAUGCAAAAUGACAGCGACAGUCCACCGCUGAAGAAGAAACGCUCCUGGGUCCGAUCCGGAGAUCAUCACAAAUGUAACCUCUGUCAGAAGGUGUUCACCUUCCGCAGCCAGUUGCAGCAGCAUACCGCGCUGCACCAUCAACCCGGCAAGCCAUACGAAUGCGGCAAAUGCCACUACAGUUUCGUACACAAGCUAAAUCUCAAACGGCACGAACUGACUCAUUUGGAAGAGGAACGGUUGGCCAACGAAGAGGAAGAAGAUCAGAUCAAACUGCUGGAGGACGAAAACUUUAACGCCACUCUGGAAGAACUGGUUGAACCGGUGCUUGAUGAAGGACUUGCCAAUCGCAGCAGUCAGCAAGAGGGAAGCGAAACCCAGUCUUCGAGCGGCGAUGGACCUCCUGUGAAACGAAACAAGUGCGUGGUUUGUUCGGCUCUGUUCCUACGAGAGGAUCAACUUAUCGAGCACCUCAAGACACACAUCGAGCGAAUCAAAGUCAACAAGCAGGAAACACAGUCCGCUAAAAAAAUGCUCAACGAAGACAGCGACCGGAAGUGCAAACUGUGUUUGAAGGUGUUCAAGUUUUCCUGCCAACUGAAGCAACACGUCCAGAUGCAUCACUCCAAAGAUAAACCGUUUGAGUGCAACAUUUGCAAGUAUCGAUUCGAAUUUAAGGGUCACAUGAUUCGUCACAAGGCAAACAACCACGCCGAUGAAGUAGCUGCUGAGGAGGCAGAAUCGGACGAACUGCCGGCAAAAAUCACCACACCCGUCGUCAAUCCGGAUGGGUCCGAGGUGUUCCAGUGUCCUGCUUGUCCGAUGAAUUUUGUCAAGCAACGAUCUCUGACAUGGCAUCUGAAGACUCACGGCGGCAGGAAAGCCAAACAAGAAGAUGGAUAUCCAUCGACAUCGUCGGGAGAGGUUAUGCAGUGCCGUUUCUGCUCCCGAACGUUCCGCGAUGCUUACGAGCUGAAGGCUCACAUGGUGACUCACAUCGGUGGUGCGCAAAAUGCCCCCAUUGUCGAUUCCGAACACUCCCUUUUCGGUUCUGGGCUGGAAAUGAUGUUGCAAGAUUUCCCAGACACCAUGGAAAAUCACAGCGGCGAUCCAUUGUUUGACGCAUCCAACCUGGAACUGGUGCUGGAGGAUGGGUUCGGUAGUGAUGAUCUCGAUUUCAAUAUGCGCUAUCAUGAUACACCUCCCCUUCCACCCGCCAAGCGGAGUCUUCCGAUUAACGAGAGUUCCAGCUCGGUGUACGAUGUUGCCGAACCGGGAGCAUCGACCACACCUGCCAAGGGGAAAAUUGUUUGCGAUUUGUGCAAAAAAGAUUUCCUCUAUGCAUGCAAUCUGAAGCAGCACAUGCAGCUACAUCACGCCAAGGAGAAACCAUUCGAAUGUAAGAUCUGCUUCUAUCGGUUCGAGUACAGCGGGCACUUGGUGCGACAUAUUCGUCAGAAUCAUGACAGCCAGGCCGAAAGCGCCGUCGGUGAUUUGGCCACCGAUCGGAGCUUCGUGUGCACCUUCUGCUCGGAACUGUUUGAACAGAAGAGUCACCUGAAUGCCCACAUCCAAACCUACCACAGAGGUGAAAAGCAGUUCAAGUGUGAAAUGUGCCCGGCAUCUUUCACCUACAAAAAAUCAUACGACACCCAUAGGGAAGAACACCACUCAAACAAACGACCAGUUGCAGAUUCAGAUUCAAUGGUAAUAGCUUCCACUUCUGCCGGAAAUACCACUGCGUCUAGUUUCUCCUGCAACUUCUGCAAAAAAACAUUCAGCUCGGCGCAAAAGGUGGACAACCACGUAUGCUUUCAAUAGGAGCAGGCCCCGCGCAGAUGAAUGCAGGAUUUAGUCCUCCCCAUGUCCCAGAGAUUAGUUCGAUAGAAAUUCGCAGUAGAAUGAAACAAAUGCACUUGGAUCAGUAUCACCGAUUUGCUUAAUUUUUUUUACCGAACUCCGCUGCUAGCACCAGGGCAUGAAAAGGAUAUUGCAACAGGACUGAGAACUUGAAGAAGGCUGUUGAAGUGCGUCGGUAAAAUUUAACCAAAGUCGGUGAUGGCGUCCAAGUGUGAACACACAACAUGAUAUAAGCUGCAACUAAUUAUUCAUGUAGAACUUCCCCUCACUUGCUAGUUAACGCGCACUAGGGCGAUAGAAAUCAAACAUGUGUUUUUUUAGAAUGAUAGUCGACAUUUGAAACAAAUAGAAAACGAUACGCGAUAUAAAUCAAAGGAUUUCCUCAGUAAGAUGUCUAGUACACAAUUGAAAACGUCGAAUGAGCGCAGUGAAAGCAGAACAAAGCAAAGAAUAACCAUGUUCUUUUUUACUAGUAGAAACCCUAGGACAUAAGCCAUAUUAGUGUUUAUCAGUACGAAGUUUUUUUUUUACACUGUUUUGCAUUAACUUUAUCCACUUUCAUUUGUCACGUUCCACCUUGUUCCACCUAGCCUGUUUUCUUGGACGUUUCUGUUUAGGCAAUACUUCGACGUACUAAGCGCAGAACAAAAUUUUCCCGUUUUCCAUUUCGCUGCUUUCGGUUUUAGGAGAUAGAUUUAUUUAUAUUUUCAUGUUCACAUUCGUCAUGCGAAAGUAUUUGUAAGUUACUUUGAAUAAGCAAGAUUUUUUUUAAGUAAUACCACUUUUGUGAUGUGUUUUCCCUUCUCAACCCUUUUAUGACCUGAGUUUGCAACUUGUGAGUCGUCGUCGCCUUUGUAUUGUCGAAGUGCUUAUGUUGAAUCACAGGAAGCAAGUAAAACAAAUCCAUUUACAGUUGGAAAAGUUCGUCUUUUAGUCGGUAUAUUGCGUUUGUGUUGUGUUUUAAAACAUUUGGUUCGCGAUGUGGAUAGCCGAAAUUGAAACUGCUAGGAUUAAGGACAUACAAAUAUUACUACUACAUUACUGAACAUAGCACUAACCGUUACGAUUACAAACAUUGACAGCAAGAUUAUUAUGAUCAACAAGUAAGCCCAAUAUAUAUAAUAAUAUAUUAUUAAAUCACUGUAAGAGGAA